CGUUCCUUUUGGAAGGAAGCUCAGGGCUCUGGCAUAAUCCAUUUUAUUCUCCACAAAUCGUGGGGAAAAUAGCAAGUGCGCAUGUGCAACGUAUUUCAAUAUGGAGGACAUGAGUAAAUUUCACAGUUCAAUCGACAACGCGUUAUUAAAACUUGGUAAAGCCGAAAUAUCACUAAAAGAAGCACAAUACGAAGCUUUAAAAGCCAUAGUCAUCAACAGAAAUGACUCAUUAGUAAUAUUGCCAACUGGUUACGGAAAGUCACUGAUUUAUCAAACCCUGCCAUUCAUAUUCGACUAUUUAGAUCCCUCGCCAUCAUUGCCUGCUAUCAUUAUUGUUGUUUCGCCAUUAAAUGCACUCAUGCAAGAACAAGUGGAAAAGCUAAGUGAGAGAGUGAAUACGAUUGUUCUGCAGGCGAACGAUAAUAUUAAAGAAAUACAUGCCAAUUGCCAAAUAGUGUUCGCUCAUCCAGAAGUAUUUGUUUGUGGGUACUUUCGUUCGUUUGCUGCUGCCAUGAAAAAGAGAGUUAAAGCGAUUGUCAUUGAUGAAGCCCAUCUUGUUGUGGAAUGGAAAUCCUUUCGCCCAGCAUACACCAAAGUCUCAAUACCCUUACAAAAAUUAUAUUUUAUAGGAUAA